AUGGCCGUCAAUCAAGGAAUGCCAGGAGCGAGCAACGGUCGUGUUGUGCCCAGAAUGUCCCCCGUCAUCCGCGUCCAUGCGUCCAACGCACAGUCGCUCCAUGAACAGUCUUUAAGCCUUCUGCCAAGGAUUAUGUUCGGUAGCGCUCUGUUCUGUGCCUGCGUCAUGCUCGUGAUCAUCACGGGGGCGAUCAGCAACUGGCCCUCGCAGAGCGAGCUUGAAGGAGAAGAUGCCAGCCCACCGGCGGUCCACGACAGCCGAGCCGCCGUGGCCACCGACGGCCCGAUACAAGGCGCGAAGGUCACGGCAUCGGCAUUGGAAGGCAAGGCAAAACGACGUCGCGCCAAAAGCAACCGACCAACGCCGUUCAUCAAAGCGAACUGCGACCGGUUCUCGUUCACCUAUUGUUCCGGAGGCGGAGCUCGGCGGCACUACUACGACUGGACCAUCGGAACGUGCGUAUCCACUCCGCAUGCCGGACCACUGUUGUGCAACCGAGGACGCAACCGGUUCGCUUCUCUUGAGCACUGCCGGCGCAGCUGCAUGGCAAGAAAGCCCCCUUCCAGGCAGUGUUCCAUGCCGGCGUCUUUCACUGUUUGCUCGAGAGGAAUCGAGACCCCGCUUGUGGCAUUUGCAUUAUGUCAUCCCUGA